AUGCAACAGAGACAUGCAAAGCAUCUUCGUCAGAUGAGAGGAGAAGGAACGGCAGCUGUUCCAAUUGAAACUUUUCUUGAGUUGAAAGCUGUGAUGGAAAUGCCGGUAGUAUCAGAGUUCCUCGAAAGUGUUAUAUAUGUUGACCCGGCAAUGGAGGACGCUCAGAUAGCCAUUGACCGUAUUGCGAAGUUCAACGAGGAAGGACGGCCAUGGUAUUCGAGCAAAUACAACAAGAGGCGGGGCUUCUGGAAUGGCAGCUAUGGAGAUGAGCCAUUCAGAAAACCGUCAGCAACUCAAACAACGCGCCCUCAGACAAUUAGCUCUGCAGAGAAGACCCAUUCCGAAAACAUUAGUGUGACUGUCACAGAUAACGCCCCUCCAGUCACAGCAUCGAAUGGUGAAUCUGGAAAGCCUUCUCCAAUAACGGUUCCCGCUGUGAGGCUUGUACAGUUGUCACCUGCAAUCGACGCAAACAAAUUACCAGAGAAACUUGCUCCUCUUUCGAUCAGUAGCAGCGAAAAUGUCAAAGUUCCAGUACAGAGUUCACUUCCAGUGACGUUAUCAGUGGUGAGUGCUACUUUUCCUUUGGUGAGUGUCUUCAAGGAGGGGAGGGGAAAAUGA